GCCCCGCUGUGGGGCGGGGCGGGGUUCCGCCUGCCCAUUGUUUCCGGCCGGGAGACGGAGGACGCCAUCGGCUCCCAGAUUAGGAAAAGAAGAAGAUAAACCAGCCAAGACAUUUUCCCUCCAUCAUGGCUCAGUUUGGAGGGCAGAAGAAUCCACCGUGGGCUACGCAAUUCACCGCCACUGCAGUAUCGCAGCCAGCUGCCCUCGGGGUUCAGCAACCGUCUCUUCUGGGCGCAUCCCCUACCAUCUAUACUCAGCAGACAGCGUUGGCAGCCGCCGGCCUCACAACCCAAACGCCCGCCAACUACCAGUUAACGCAGACGGCGGCCCUGCAGCAACAAGCUGCAGCCGCUGCAGUUGCCCUGCAACAGCAAUAUUCACAGCCUCAGCAGACCCUGUAUAGUGUACAACAGCAGUUGCAGCAACCUCAGCAGACGCUAUUAACCCAGCCUGCUGUGGCCCUGCCUACAAGCCUCAGCCUGUCAACUCCUCAACCCGCAGCGCAGAUCACCGUGUCGUAUCCGACCCCCCGGUCGAGCCAACAGCAGACGCAGCCUCAGAAGCAGCGGGUCUUCACGGGAGUGGUUACGAAGCUGCAUGAUACGUUUGGAUUUGUGGAUGAAGACGUAUUCUUUCAGCUGAGCGCCGUGAAAGGCAAGACUCCCCAAGUAGGUGACCGAGUGUUGGUGGAAGCUACUUAUAAUCCUAAUAUGCCUUUCAAGUGGAAUGCACAGAGAAUCCAGACACUUCCAAAUCAGAAUCAAUCCCAGACUCAACCUUUGCUGAAGACGCCUCCGGCCGUCCUUCAGCCCAUUACCCAGCCGGCCGCCUUUAGCGUUCAAGCCCAGCCUCAGCCACAGUCACUGCUGCAGGCUCAGAUUUCAGCGGCAUCUAUUACACCUUUGCUUCAGAGUCAGCCACAACCUUUGUUGCAACAACCUCAGCAGAAAGCUGGUUUACUGCAGCCUCCCGUCCGUAUAGUUUCACAGCCUCAGCCGGCGCGAAGGCUGGACCCUCCGUCCAGGUUUUCGGGGAGAAAUGACAGAGGGGACACAGUACCCAACAGAAAAGAUGACAGAAGUCGCGAACGAGAGCGAGAGAGGCGGAGGUCCCGAGAGAGAUCGCCCCAGAGGAAACGCUCCCGAGAGCGGUCCCCCCGGCGAGAGAGAGAGAGAUCUCCUAGGAGACCCCGACGUGUUGUACCCCGUUACACUGUUCAGUUUUCCAAAUUUUCUUUAGAUUGUCCUAGUUGUGACAUGAUGGAACUGAGACGCCGUUACCAGAACUUAUACAUCCCUAGUGACUUUUUUGAUGCUCAGUUUAUGUGGGUGGAUGCUUUUCCUCUGUCAAGACCAUUUCAGCUGGGAAAUUACUGUAACUUCUAUGUAAUGCAUAGAGAGGUAGAUCCUUUGGAAAAAAAUAUGGCUGUUCUUGACCCGCCAGAUGCAGAUCACUUGUACAGCGCCAAGGUAAUGCUGAUGGCUAGCCCUAGUAUGGAAGACUUGUAUCACAAAUCAUGUGCUCUUGCGGAAGACCCCCAAGAACUGCGUGAGGGAUUUCAGCAUCCUGCUAGACUUGUGAAGUUUUUAGUGGGCAUGAAAGGCAAGGAUGAGGCCAUGGCUAUUGGGGGUCACUGGUCUCCUUCCCUAGAUGGACCGGACCCAGAAAAGGACCCCUCCGUGUUGAUUAAGACCGCUAUCCGUUGUUGUAAGGCUCUGACGGGCAUUGACUUAAGUGUGUGCACUCAGUGGUACCGUUUUGCAGAGAUUCGCUACCAUCGCCCUGAGGAGACCCACAAGGGGCGUACAGUUCCAGCUCAUGUGGAGACAGUGGUUUUAUUUUUCCCGGAUGUUUGGCAUUGCCUUCCCACCCGCUCAGAGUGGGAAACCCUCUCCCGAGGAUACAAGCAGCAGCUGGUCGAGAAGCUUCAGGGUGAACGCAAGGAGGCUGAUGGAGAACAGGACGAAGAGGAGAAGGACGACGGCGAAGCUAAAGAAAUCUCAACCCCUACCCAUUGGUCUAAACUCGAUCCCAAAACGAUGAAGGUAAACGACCUUCGUAAAGAAUUAGAAAGCCGUAAUCUUAGUUCCAAAGGGUUGAAAUCCCAGUUGAUAGCCCGACUGACAAAACAGUUGAAAGUGGAAGAGCAGAAAGAAGAGCAGAAGGAGUUGGAGAAAUCUGAAAAAGAAGAUGACGAAGAGGAGGACAGGAAAUCUGAAGAUGAUAAAGAAGAAGAAGAGAGGAAACGCCAAGAAGAAAUGGAACGCCAGCGUCGUGAGAGGCGAUAUAUUUUACCCGAUGAGCCAGCCAUCAUUGUGCAUCCUAACUGGGCCGCAAAAAGUGGCAAGUUUGACUGUAGCAUCAUGUCUUUGAGUGUGCUUUUGGACUAUAGGUUAGAGGAUAAUAAAGAACAUUCCUUUGAGGUUUCUUUAUUUGCAGAACUCUUCAAUGAAAUGCUUCAAAGAGAUUUUGGCGUGAGAAUAUACAAAUCACUGGUAUCGCUUCCUGAAAAAGAGGACAAGAAAGAAAAGGACAAGAAAAGUAAAAAAGAAGAAAGAAAAGAUAAAAAAGAAGAGAGAGAAGAUGAAACUGAUGAACCAAAACCCAAAAGGAGGAAAUCUGGAGAUGAUAAAGAUAAGAAAGAAGAUCGAGAGGAGAAGAAGAAAGAAGAGAAAAGGAAAGAAGACUCUAAAGAAGAUGAUGAAACGGAAGAGGAUAAUAACCAGGAAGAAUAUGAUCCCUUAGAAGCUGAAGAUGCCGAGGAUGAGGAAGAAGACCGGGAUGAGGAAGAAAUGAAUAAAAGAGAGGACAAAAGAGAAGGCAACAGAUAUUGCAAAGAGAGGUCCUCUAAAGAUAAGGAAAAAGAAAAGGCACAGAUGAUUACUCUUAACAGAGAUCUUUUGAUGGCAUUUGUUUAUUUUGAUCAAAGCCACUGUGGCUACCUAUUAGAAAAGGACAUGGAGGAGAUACUCUACACACUUGGAUUGCAUCUCUCCCGGGCUCAGGUGAAGAAACUGCUUAAUAAAGUAGUACUCCGUGAAUCCUGCUUUUACCGAAAAUUAACAGAUACCUCGAAAGAUGAAGAAAACCGUGAUGAGUCUGAAAUGCUGCAAGAGGAUAUGCUAGGAAACAGAUUGCUUCUCCCAACACCCACGGUCAAACAGGAAUGCAAGACGAUGGAGGAAAACGUUGGCUUGAUUGUGUACAAUGGUGCCAUGGUAGAUGUAGGAAGCCUCUUGCAAAAGUUAGAAAAGAGCGAAAAAGUAAGAGCUGAAAUAGAACAAAAGCUUCAACUACUAGAAGAAAAAACAGAUGAAGAUGAGAAGACCAUUUUACAUUUGGAGAAUUCGAACAAAAGUCUGUCUGGCGAGCUCAGAGAAGUCAAAAAAGACCUUAGUCAAUUACAGGAAAAUUUGAAGACUUCAGAGGACACAAAUUUGCGAUUUGAGAGCCAACUGAAUAAGACAAUCAAAAACCUAUCUACUGUUAUGGAUGAAAUUCAUACUGUUCUUUUGAAGGAUAAAGUGAAGCAUGAAGACAAAGAUCAGAAAUCCAAAGAGAAUGGUGCAAAUGUAUGAUACAUUUUUGUUUAGAAGAAUAGUGUUACAUAAUGUAAUAUAUAAAUCAUGAUACCAGAAUGCUUGAUGAUGGUGCAUGUUUGAUUUUAGUAGUAUAAAUAUCUGGUAGUUCAAGAGAUGUAUAAAGUUUUAUGAAAGUGAGUCUCUGCUUUUGAAGAUUGCUUGUAAUUCAUAGCAUUCACCUUAUUAGACACUCUUUGAGUGAAAUUUUGCAUUGCAGAAUGUUUUAGGAUGAACUUUGUUAUAGUUUUAAGGCUAAUAAAGUUCAUCAACUUAAUGGAUGGUAGCAAGUAUUUAAUUACAGAUGUCUUUCUUAAAAAAAAGUCUAGUGAAAUCUAAAUUCAUUAUUUAUAGAACUACUGUUAAUUUUUGUUUCUACUUCAGUCUAGUCUUUUUAAAAUUCCAAUAGAAGUCAUAAAAUAGCAUGCUGCUUAACCUUGCAAAUCCAGUACAAACUCUUUUUAAAAAAAUGAAAGGUUUUUUUACUUGUCGCAAGAACUCCUCCCCCUCUGUCAUGUUUCCUUGCAAAUGAUUCAUUCGGUCAAUCACGCCAUGUGAAAUACCGUACGGCUGAAUUAAGAAAGCAAUACAAAAACGUUAAAAGUUUGGGUCGGCCUAGGUGAACAUAUUUGGGCCUAUUUUUAAUCUGUCACUUUGUUUCAUUAACAGCUCUACUUCCACUGAGCGACCCCAAACGCGACUUAAUGUUUUGAAAGAAAAAAUGCUGUGUAUUCAGAUAUACGGCUCAGUACCAAACUAGUAGAUGUCAGUAUGCCUUACUCAUAGAAAAUAUAGCAGAAACUAAACCUGCUUAAAUUAAAACGGAUUCAUUUUUCUAAUGGGUGUAAUUCAUUCAGUGUGUGAAAGCAGAAGUCUGACUGUCAACUGAAAUUCAGCUUUAAAUAUGUGAAAUAAGAUAAAUGUGUAAUCAAGACAAAUGAAGUAUUACGUAGUUCCACGUUCUUUCGCAAAUUGGUCAAGUUUACUGACCAUCUCUAGGGAGUCAUCCGGUUUUGAGUUUGAGAAAGCCCAAUUUAGAAACCCUUUUUUUGAACGCGAAAGCCUACGAGGUCUCAGGAUUUGUGUUUUUUUAGUCCAUCAGAUAAUGAAUUUUAGCAAAUGUACUCUGUUCCUAAAUUUCCGGGUCUUUAGGAGAAACCGUGCCAUGUUACGUGUGAGUUAGGUGGAGUUGAAGUGGAUUACAAUACCAGAAAUUAUUUUGUUCUAAUUAGCUUUUUGUAAAUUGCUGUAUUAUUGCUUGUUUUGGUUUCUCUGAAGCCAGGCUCCUGGAAUAUACUUAACUAUUUAGCUACACUGUACAGAAAUUUCUCCCUUCCUUUUAGUAGAGAUUAGGGUAAAUAAAAGUCAUUUUCUGUUUUUAAAA